UUUGGGUCAGACGUAAACUGUAAAUAAUUCACGUGUUGAUGAAAUACUAGAAUAAUUGCUGCAAGAAUCUUGAUACAUAGUUUGUGUUCGGUUUGUAUUGAUUUAUGCAGAAAAAUACAACCUAGAGGGAAACACGCCAAUAGUAUAAAGACGUAGUUACCCUGUAUCUGUUUUCCAAAAAGUCUACAUCUGGAACAGCAAUGGAGAAACCAAGUGGGUUUGAUUUUUGGAAGACCAAGUUGAAGUCUGCAAAAUAUGUUGUUGCUCCAAUGGUAGAUCAAAGUGAAUUACCAUGGCGGAUGUUGAGUAGAAGAUACGGUGCAGAACUGUGCUAUACGCCAAUGUUUCAUGCUGCUUUAUUUAGUAAAGAUACUAUCUAUAGAAAUGAAUCAUUCAAGAUAUGUGAAGAAGAUCAUCCUUUAAUUGUGCAGUUUUGUGCUAAUGAUCCAGAAAUUUUACUGAAAGCAGCUAGAUUGGCAGAACCGUAUUGUGAAGCAAUUGACAUCAAUUUAGGAUGUCCACAAAGUAUUGCCAAAAAAGGACAUUAUGGUGCCUUUUUACAAGAUGAAUGGGAACUCCUUGAAAAAAUGGUAAGUCUAUGUAAUAGGGAGUUAAAGGUACCUAUAACAUGUAAAAUAAGAAGAUUUGACAGUGUUGAUAAAACUGUGGAAUAUGCCAAGAUGUUAGAAAAGGCAGGCUGCCAGUUAUUAACAGUACAUGGCAGAACAAGAGAACAGAAGGGUCCAUUAACUGGUCUAGCAGAUUGGUCUUAUAUAAAAGCUGUUAAAGAAAAUGUAAAGAUUCCAGUAUUUGCUAAUGGAAAUAUACAAUAUUUAUCAGAUGUAGAUAAUUGUAUAAAAGAAACUAAUGUGGAAGGAGUUAUGACCGCUGAGGGAAAUCUACAUAAUCCUGCAUUAUUUCGUGGUAUUAAUCCAUCUAUCUGGGAUAUGUCAUUGGAAUAUUUAGAUUUAGCUGAGAAAUAUCCUUGUGCCAUGUCAGCUGUAAGAGGUCAUGUAUUUAAAAUAUGUCACCAUGCAUUACAAGUACAUGUUGAUAUAAGAGAUGAAGUGGCUGCUGCUAGAAACGUGGAUGAAUUUAAAUUUUGGGUACACAAAUUAAAAGAAGCCUGUCAGACUGAUGUAGAAAAGUAUACAUUAAAUCCAGAAGAAUGGAAGAGUAAAUUACCAUUACCAUAUUGGAUAUGUCAACCCUACGUACGACCAGAUCCAGAAGCGGAAGUGAAUCCAGAAAAGAAAGCCGCAAGGGAGCGAAUGCAUUUAAAACGAACAGCUGAAAUAAAGAAUUUGCCUACUGAAGGGCUAUCAAAGAAGCGGUUGAAGAGAUUGCUGAAGAAUCCCAAUAAGAAAUUUGAUGCUGUACGCCAAGUUUAUGUGAUGUGCACCAAUUCCAGUAUUAAAUGUGGCAAUCCAAGAAAUAUGAAGUGCCCAUUUCAAUAUUGUAAACCGUGUUGUAUGGAGAAAACAAGAAAAGAAAUCCUUGAUUGUACAGGUCACAAUUUCCUGGUUAAAACAAAGGCUGAUAGGAGAAAAGCUUUAAGUGAAACUAAUGAAAAUACAAAUAGCACAGCAACCAAUGUAGAUGACACUGUGACUGGUAAUAGAUCAGCAUGUUUCACUAACAAUACAACUAAUAUAUUGCAUACAUCAGAUGAUACAGCCUUACAGAAAAAUAAUGAGUUUACCUAAUUCCAUGAAUAAUUCAUAUAGAUGAAUUUAAUUGUUGAUAAUUUUAUGCACGGUUUUUAGAGUAUAUUUUUUUUUAACUUUUAGAUCUAUUCUCAGGAAUUAUUUGGAUCAAAUUACUGUUGAUAGGAAGGCACUUUUUGAUAAUGAACAAAUAUGAAGUUAUGUGACAAAUAUAACAAAUUGUACCACUCUUUUAUUAACUCACAUUCUUUAUUAAGUGCAUACAUUAAACAGUGUAAUAAUUUAUACACCUAUACAGAAUUAAGACAAUUAUUUAAUCUUUUCACUCAUAAUUUGUUCAGUUUACUUCUUUCAAUUCUUCAGUAAACUGUUAUUGUGUAAUAUUCUUCAAUUAUUUUUUAUUAAUAAUAUAAUUUAACUUAAUGUAAUGUUCUUCAAUUAUCUGUUUUUCAUAACAUGCUA